CCGAGCACAGACCUUCUGCUGCUGCAUUUCAGCGUUCACGUACACGCGCGCAGAGCUCAUGGGGAUGCGAGCACGGCUUUAACAGCACUGUUACUGCACUGAAAUUAACCCGAGACGCAGGUUUUUUGUCGACGCCGACAAAAAAAGAUUGUGAAAAACAUAAAUUGCCAUGACUGAGCAGCAGAGGCAGCGGACCCUCUCCACCUCUGGAGAAUCCCUUUAUCAUGUACUGGGUGUUGACAAACUGGCCACUAAUGAUGACAUCAAGAAGUCUUACAGAAAACUGGCCCUGAAAUACCACCCUGACAAGAACCCGGACAAUCCUGAGGCAGCAGACAAGUUUAAAGAGAUCAACAAUGCCCAUGCUAUCCUGAACGACCCGACCAAACGCAACAUUUAUGACAAGUACGGCUCUCUGGGGCUUUACGUAGCUGAGCAGUUUGGGGAAGAGAACGUCAACACUUACUUUGUCCUGUCCAGCUGGUGGGCCAAGGCUCUCUUUGUGUUCUGCGGCUUGGCCACAGGCUGCUAUUUCUGCUGCUGUCUGUGUUGUUGCUGUAACUGCUGCUGUGGAAAGUGUAAACCACGGCCACCCGAGGGACAGGACCAGGAGUUCUAUGUCUCUCCUGAAGACCUGGAGGCCCAGCUGCAGUCUGAUGAGAGAGCUUUCGCAUCUGAACAGGUCUAGGCUAAAUGAACACCGCAUGAGUGAGUUUUUACCAGGUUUCUUUUCUAUAAACCUAGAUGUUUGCAUCACAAGUAGUGAUAUAAUCAUAGAAAUAUAUAUAUAAAGAUGUUGUAAUGUGGCACAUUAUACCAGCUGUAGAUAACAUUGUAAUGACCCGUCUAAUCAUUCUGCUCUUCAGCUGACUAUGUGCACAGUAUGAGGGUGACCCCGAACCUGAGCUCAGUUUUAAUUCAGACAUCUGGUGGCGAUUUUUACACUUAUAAUUUAAUUUUGUGGUAUGUGCAUAAUACAGAGGAAUUUAAAAAGCUUAAAAAAUGCCUUUGGUGCAAUAUAAUGUGACUGUUUUCUUCCCGCUUUCUGGUCUGUUCGCAUACACCUGGAUUUCUAUUACGACGCAUUGCCAAGUCAUAUGUUCGAGGGCAAUCACACAAUGUUUUCUAUAUGCAGUUGUUAGAUUUUCUUCAUUCAGUGCACCUGGACAAAUUUGUCAAUGGCACUUAUGCAAAAUGUUUUUGAACCCUCAUAGUUUUUUUUUAUAUGCUGUAAUGAAUAUUGUACCUGUGGAAGGAGGAAUGUCCUGGUUAAUGGAAGACACUAAACAUACCGACAAGUGACAAAUUAAAGGAAAAAACGCUAGCUUUGUUAUGCAUUUUGCUGGCAUGGUUUGUCCACUUGUAUUCAUAUUGGGAAGAGUCAUUGCAAAUCAAUGCAACCUUUUGGUGGCUGAUCAGUUCGUUUUAUGAUUCGAUGAAACUUUUGAUCUGAUGAGAGUACCCACAAUGCUCUCAUCCACAGGGGGCAAAGAGUCACUGAAUUAAAGUCUAAAAAAUAAUGUUAAAUCAUAUGCAAUGGCCUUCACAGUCACCAGAUCUCAAUUCACUUGAACACCAAUGAGAGAUUUUGGAGCAGUGUGUUAGACAACACUGUCCAUCACCACAUCACCAUCAACAAAACACUAACUGAGGAAAUAUCUUUUGCAAGUAUGAUGUUUAUCCCUUCUGUACAGUUUAAGAGACAUGUAAAAUCUAUGCAAAGAUGCAGUGAAACUGUCUGGAGGCGUGUGAUAGUGAACACUUACUGACACACUUUAUGUUGGUUUUUCCUUUAAUUUGUCACCCAUCUGUACAUUCAUCUCAGUUGAAUGAACAAUGUGUAUGAAAAUAUUUUUUUUUAUUAUUUCCAUUCUCUUAAAAGAUGUCAAUAGUACAGAAUGUGACGCAAGUCGGUUUUCUUUUCUUUUUUUUUUCUUGAACUGCUGCAGCACUUUUACAUUCAAGCAUGAAUUCUGACCCUGUACACUUCUAAAUCCAGUAGUGUUGUUGACUCAUUUUCUUUCCAAAUUGUUCAUCUACCAAAUCCUACUUACUAGCAAGCUCUCCCUUAUCACAUGACAGCUCCCAAAUGGGAAACAUUUUCAAAUUGGCGCUCGUGCGGUGGCAUGAUGCGAAAUAACGCACUCUUAGGAAAGAGUUAUCUACCCUCUUUCGCAUACGUGAGUUUACAGAUGCUUAUGAUUGGCUGGAAUUGCUGUGAUUGAUAUGGGAGAGUGAGUGUGUCCUCCCUAACCAACCAGAGAGCAUGAGCAAUUUUGCUCUCUUGGAUUCCCAUUCAUCAGUGGCCGUGACCUCAUCGGGAUUCAAUCUCAUGAUCUCUGGACUGUCUGGCAAUGCUUUUCUGUUGCUUUCGGGAGCCCCAAGUCGCAAAUCUUUGCUAUUGUAAAUGUUCUCUUUGUGGUU